GUACGUAGCAUGCUGCCUAUGGGCCGGCCAGGGUGUUGGGAGCAACGCCAAAGCCAGACACUGGAGGGUGCGCAGCGUGGCGCCGCCCCUUCCACGCCGUCGUACGAAUCAAUUCCUGCGCGGACGGAUUGCGUCGCAAGCGGGCUGCCCAACGCUCGUGGACGUAUAACCAAGGAGGCAGCUGAGAGGUGCUAAACAAGGAGCCAGUAUAGCAUGGGCGACAAGCUCACGCCCGAGGAGCUCGCCGAGUUUAGGGAAAUUUUCAACCUAGUGGACAAGGACGGCGGCGGCACGAUCAGCAAGGAGGAGCUCGGGGAGCUCAUGGAAACGCUUGGAAUUGACGCGACGCCGGAAGAAAUUGAUUUGAUGAUCGCGGAGAUCGACGAGGACAACAAUGGUGUGAUUGAUUUUGAUGAGUUCGUCGCUGUGAUGUCUAGGAAGGUCUCUGCGACGUACACGGCGGAGCAGGUCCGCGGCGCGUUCCGCGUCUUCGAGAGCGGCGCGCCGCCGGGCCACAUCAAGGUCGAGUCGCUGGUGCGCGCGUUGACUACCGACGGCUCGGACAAGCUCAGCGAGGAGCAGGCUCGGGAUUUGGUCGCGCAGCUCGAGCCGGACCGGGACGGCCUCGUCAACUACAAGGAGUACGUGAACAUGAUGAUGAGCGACUCGUAAGGGCCCGGUGUGUUUCUUCUUAGCCGCUUCCCCGCGCACGAACC